AUGGCAGCACCACCACUAUCCGUAGCAGUAACAGCAGCAGCAGCAACAGCAGCAUCACUAGCAGCAGCAGCAACAGCAGCAUCACUAGCAGCAGCAGCAACAGCAGCAUCACUAGCAGCAGCAGCAACAGCAGCAUCACUAGCAGCAGAAGCAACAGCAGCAUCACUAGCAGCAGAAGCAACAGCAGCAUCACUAGCAGCAGCAGUGACAGCAGCAGCAGCAACAGCAGCAUCAUUAGCAGCAGCAAUAACAGCAGCAGCAUCACUAGCAGCAGCAGUGACAGCAGCAGCAGCAACAGCAGCAGCAUCACUAGCAGCAGCAGUAACAGCAGCAGCAGCAACAGCAGCAUCACUAACAGCAGCAUUAACAGCAGCAGCAUCACUAGCAGCAGAAGUAACAGCAACAGCAACAGCAGCAACAGCAGCAGCAGCAGCAGCAAACACCUUACGGGGUAGGCUGCAGCAAAGGAGAGUCAAAAAGCCGACAGCGCAGACAAACAAGAGAGCCAUGAAGGAGAAUUUCAGUGCAAUUAUUCUUUUGCUUUCUUGA